UGCCGAUCUUGGAAGAGUGGUUAUUACGGGCCGGCAGCAUUGGAGGCCAGGAGCAUGGACGAGCCCUUCGAGUUCCAUGAGCUCGACUACGAGUCCAUGGCGCUCCUCUCGUCAACGUCCGUUGGCGGCGAUGACGACGAUGACGCGUGGCUACCUGACAUGCGCCCGACACGCCGCCUCUCGCUCGAGUGGUUCUGUCCGCAUGGCGACCCCACUGCAACGACGCCACCCUUGGACGAGAUCAGCUUUGCAUUUCGCUCUGUCCAGCACGAGACGACACCGAUCGUUGUCACGCCAAAGAAGACGAAGCGACUCAAGGCGCCGAGUGCGUGGUUGAGCCCACUCCAGCCGAAUGGAUCCAAGACGAACGGCAAGAUGAUCGGGGCGUACACGUAUGAAGCGCGGCAGGCUCGACUCGCCCGGUUCCAGGAGAAGCGUCGCACACGCGUGUGGCAAAAGCGUGUAAAAUACGAUUGUCGGCAGGCGCUUGCAGGCGCGCGGCCGCGCGUCAAAGGACGGUUUGUGAAAACAACCUUAGUUCUGCCCGACCAUAACCUCCUCCUCUCCCACGAAGUCUUGGCGCCGGCGGAACUCGGUGACUAG